UUCAGUCGCACGCUUUCCGUUUGUAUCGAUAUCGCGUCAAAGCUGCCAACGCGUUUCGUCGUCGACAUGGACGUUUGGAUAUUGUUGGCCAUCCUAGCUGGCACCAUAGCUGUGUAUUACUAUUUCUUCAAGGAUUUAAAUUACUUCAAGAAGCAUGGAGUUCUUUACAUGCCGCCGUUGCCUAUCGUGGGCAACAUGGGACCAGUUUUCUUUCGGCAGUUGUCAUUGGCCGAACUUUCACAGAAAGCCUACAAUCUGAACCGAGACGCCAAGUACAUCGGUUUGUUCGACGGCAUGAAUCCAAUAGUGAUGAUUCGCGAUCCGGAACUCAUUAAAACCGUCGGUGUCAAACAGUUUGAAUCGUUCACCGAUCAUCGCGCUUUCAUUGACGAAGCAAACGACCCGAUGUUCGGUAAGAAUCUAUUUUCGCUACGCGGCGAGAAGUGGAAAGACGUGAGAAGCCUGAUCACUCCCGCUUUUACGUCCAGCAAAAUGAGGAGUAUGUUCACGUUAAUGUCCGAUUGCGCUGUUAGUUUUACCGAUUUCCUGUCGAAUUUACCGCCGGACAAGAGAAUAAUUCAAACGAAGGAUUGCUUCACCAGAUAUACGACCGAUGUUAUUGCGACGUGUGUUUUCGGCAUCAAAGUCGAUUCCAUGAGAAAUCCGAACAAUGAGUUUUAUAUUUACGGAAAAGAAGCCACAACCAUGUACUUAACGCGCGCUAUAAAAUUCUAUUUUGUAAGAAGUAUGCCUCGUAUCAGCAAAUUGCUGGGCAUGAAAUUUGUCAGCGAGCACGUACGCGUGUUUUUCAUGGAUAUUGUUAGAAAUACGAUACACAUAAGAGAUACGCAGGAUAUCGUACGACCGGACAUGAUGCAGAUAAUGAUCGAGACCAAAGGAAAGAAGGGAAAAGAAUUGACUGUCGAAGAUAUGACUUCUCAGGCGUUUGGAUUUUUCUUUGGCGGUUUCGACACCGUUUCUACCUUAAUGUGCUUUGCCGCUCACGAAAUUGCCGUUCAUCCGGAUGUUCAAGCGAGAUUGCGCGACGAAAUAAAUAAUGUUCUCAAAUCAACAAACGGGACAGUGACGUAUGAAGCUUUAAACGGAAUGCAGUAUCUGGACGCUGUGCUCAACGAGACUCUUAGAUUAUGGCCUGUGGCGGUGUUUUUAGAUAGAACUUGCACGCAGGAAUUCGAAUUGCCACCAGCGUUUCCCGGCGCCAAACCCUUCGUUAUGAAGAAAGGAAAAAGCAUUUGGUUUUCGACUUAUGGUCUUCAUCGAGAUCCACAAUAUUGGGAGGAACCGGAUAAUUUUAAUCCUGAUCGAUUUUUUGACAAGAAAAAUAUAAAUUCAAUCGCAUACAUCCCAUUUGGACUCGGUCCAAGAGUAUGUAUAGGCAACAGAUUCGCAUUAUUGGAAACCAAAGUAAUGUUGUUUCAUCUGUUGGCUCGUUGCGAAUUAAAACCAUGCAAAAAAACCUGUCAUCCGUUGAAGUUGGACAAGACUUUUACUAUGCAACCGAAUACAGGAUUCUGGUUGGAGAUUCAACCGAGAAGCCAUACAUAUGUGUCUAACGGCGCGGCUAAUAGUCACAUUUAAAGUGUACUACAGUGACAACUGUUUCUUAAAUUCGUUACGACAGACUUAAAUUAGAAAAUAUUUAGAAAACUGACGUAUGAGCGCUUUGUGUCAUGUGUAUAUGUAAAUACUGUAGUUUAAAUUAAAGAAUUAAACAAUAUCAUUGUGUUAGUUUAGAUGCAAAUAGAGAUAAAUAAUUAUUUCUAAGAACAAGAAAAGUUGCAAAGACAUUUAUCACACAAAUUAUCAUGCAAUUAUCAUACAAAUAUCAUACAAAUUCGAGUUUGUUGAUAAAUUGUUGGAAAAAUUAACUAUUGUAUCUAUUUCUUGAUCUUUCUUUGUUAAUAUGUACUGUCAUAUAAGUAUAAACUUAUAACGAUACUAUAACGUUCUUUUUUAAAUAUGUCUUACAUUUACACUAUAUGUAAUGUGUAUCUUUUUAUAUUGUGUUGUAUUUACUUAGCAU